CAAUUAUAAAUGUCAUGAUUUGCUCAAACUAAAGUGCCACGACCAGUAAAACGUGUUUGAGUUAAGCACUGAGGGCGUUGCCUCUCACAGACAUUGCGAGGGGGCCACUGCCCCUCACAAUGUCUGUGUAUGGCCCUGGUUAUUUUAGUUGAUGCAGUUCGAGGCGGACUAACUAACUAACUUCUUGUUUAUCAAUUAUUUCCCUUGAAACAAUAGCCCUCUCUUGGGCAACGAUGAGCAGUUUUAUCAGAUCGGGUUUGCUGCAGCUUCUUCUGCUUGGUUUCUUUGUUGUUAUGGCCUUCUUCGGAUUCUUCCAGAGCUGUACGGUAGAGCACAAGCGCUCCCUCAUCAGAAGGUGGUCUCCACCCACCGGCCUAUUCAUCCCCCCUUCUACCUGCUUCUGCAUAAAUGACUCGUAUAUUCUGGACAAUAGCAUUCCUAGUGACCAGCUGGCAGAGAUUCUGGAACGACGGGGCAAGGAGUACAAGAAACACCAGGCCAGAACAAGCUCCAUUUUGAACACACUCCUCUUUGCUCCAUCCAACUCUCCACUGCAGUAUCCCAUUCAGGGUUUCUCAGUUCGUCCCAUGGUCCCCACUCUCAUUCCAGGUUUAGCGCUGCACACACAGAAAAGAAGCAGCUACAAGGUUUUACUAAAUGUCACCAGAGGUAUCCUCAGUCUAGGGACCCCAAGAGAUGAAGACGUUGUCAAUGGUAGCAGGAAGAAUUUGAUCAUCUUGGAGACGGAUAGCUUAGCGGAAAUGAACAAACUUCUGGCGAAGGUCACCUAUACCAGCACUGUGUACCACAUACACACCGGAGACCUGGUUCACUUCAUGUGUGAGGUUCACCAAGCUGUGUUCCCCAUCGUCAUUCGUCAACCAACCCUACCUGUGCUCUUCGACAUUGGAACAGCCAUCAGUGACCAAGUGACUGUCACCACUAAGACCUUCAUGCGCUACAAGGAGUUGAAGCUCCUCAUAAGAAGCUUAAGACAGUACUACAAAGACAUGACACUCAUUGUGGCUGACGACACCCAUGAGCCGGAAAAAAUCAUUGAAGAAAAUGUUCUGCAUUACAUCAUGCCCGGGGGACAGGGCUGGUUUGCUGGCAGAACCCUGGCUGUCUCUCAAGUCACCACCAAGUACUUUCUUUGGGUGGAUGAUGACUUUCUAUUCACUGAGAAAACAAAGAUAGAGGAUCUGGUGGAGGUGAUGGAGGCAACACCAGCGUUGGAUGUGGUUGGGGGUUCAGUGGAUGGAAAUCAGUUCUACUUCUCCAUCAACUAUGAUGAGGGAGAUGGAGUCACUGGAGGCUGUCUAGAGAAGAAAAACAACAGAAGAUUCCACUCAGUACCUAAUUUUCCACAAUGCCACCUCGUCAGUGGGGUGGUCAACUUCUUCCUGGCUCGUACCGAUGCUGUGAAUCGAGUGAGAUUUGACCCCAAGCUGAAGAGAGUGGGACAUCCAGAAUUCUUCAUUGAUGGACUUGGUCAAUUGAUGGUUGCAACAUGUGGUCAUGUUUCCAUCAGCCAUCAGCCUAGAAUGAUGAAACCUGAGUACAAGAUAUUCAGACACCCCACAUCGGAGGAACAGGAUUCAAAAAAACGGCUGUACCACUACAAAAACUACCUCAAAUGUAUCCGCUUUGGAUAGGACAACAACUCUUUCAAUGACAAAUUCAUAUAAGGAAAAUAUUUGGCGGCAAAUCUAGACAUAUUCAAUAAAAGAAAGUCAACCUCUA